GCUAGCUGGCUGGUUUAGCGCGGUGACCUCUGACCCGGAAGUGAUGGCGAUGACGCGUCUGAGUGCUAAAGGUUAGCCUCCACCAGGGGAAAUGCUGCCCGCUAGCUGAGUUGUUGCCCCUCCGUAUGUGUGUGUGUGGACUAAACAUUCACAGGGUCUGACACCACCUCUGCAGUCACCGUUUGCCCCACAUUAUUAGACACGUGAUCAAUGACGGCUUUGGUCAGCCAUGGCUGUCGUGUCAUGGAAGGAGAUUUUACUUUUGACUGGACUGGUGGUGGGGUGUUACUGGAACAGUCUGUCGUGCGGCUUUGUGUUUGACGAUGUCUCGGCGAUCCUCGACAACAAGGACCUACGGCCCUCGACCCCUCUGCGCAACCUGUUCCAGAACGACUUCUGGGGAACACCCAUGGCAGAGGAGAGGAGCCACAAGUCUUACCGACCCUUGACGGUACUCACUUUCCGACUGAACUACCUCUUCAGUGAGCUGAGCGCAGCCUCCUACCAUCUGCUCAAUGUCGUUCUACACGGCGUGGUGUGUGUGCUUUUCCUGCGAGUGUGCCGACUGUUCCUGGACAAGACUUCCGGCUUGGUGGCAGCGUUGCUGUUUGCUGUGCACCCCAUCCACGCCGAAGCUGUCACAGGCGUGGUUGGCAGAGCUGAACUUCUUUCUUCAAUCUUUCUCCUGGCUGCUUUCUUGGCCUACACAAAAUCAACAAGUGCGGACCACUCUAUUGUUUGGGCCCCCAUCGCUCUGACAGUUGUUUUAGUGGCGGCAGCAACUCUGUGUAAGGAGCAGGGAAUCACUGUCAUCGGCAUCUGCUGUGUCCAUGAAGUGUUUGUUGCACAAGGGUUUACCUUGCCCAUGCUGUUGGACACACUGCGGCAAGUCCUGCAGGGUAAAGACGGUUUCCCUUAUGCUGUCCUGCAAACGCUGCUAAAGCUCAUCGUCCUCGUCAUCAGCACCCUGCUGCUCGUCAUCGUCAGGGUCCAAGUCAUCCAGUCCCAGCUUCCAGUCUUCACCAGAUUUGAUAACCCCGCAGCAGUCAGCCCGACUCCCACAAGACAACUGACUUUUAACUACCUGCUCCCUGUGAACGCAUGGCUUCUGCUGAAUCCCUCUGAGCUCUGCUGUGACUGGACUAUGGGCACCAUUCCUCUGGUGGAGUCCCUCGUAGACCUCCGUAACCUGGCCACCCUGGUGUUCUACACGUUCCUGGGCCUGCUAGCUUACCACAGCCUGCGCUACAGACACAGCUCUGCCAAGACUGUCAUCAUGGCCCUGUCUUUGAUCGUCCUGCCUUUUAUUCCUGCGUCCAACCUCUUCUUCCCUGUGGGUUUUGUUGUGGCGGAGAGGGUCCUCUAUGUGCCCAGUAUGGGCUUCUGUGUUCUGGUUGCACAUGGAUUCAAGAUUAUCUCGCAUAAAGGACACUUGAAGAAGAUUUCCUGGUUGAUUAUUGGGGUGCUUUUAACUACACAUGCAGUGAAGACUUUCAAAAGGAAUUGGGACUGGGAGUCAGAAUAUUCUCUAUUCACCUCUGCCCUGAAGGUCAACAAGAACAAUGCCAAGUUGUGGAAUAAUGUUGGCCAUGCUCUGGAGAACCAAAACAACUACGCAAAGGCACUGCAGUAUUUCCUCCAGGCCACUCGCGUCCAGCCAGAUGACAUCGGAGCUCACAUGAAUGUUGGAAGAACCUACAAGAACUUGAACAAGUCCAAAGAGGCAGAAGAUGCCUACCUGAUUGCCAAAUCCCUGAUGCCACAGGUUAUUCCGGGUAAGAAGUAUGCGACGCGUGUGGCCCCGAACCAUCUGAACGUUUACAUAAACCUGGCCAAUCUGAUCCGGGCCAACGAGUCGAGGCUGGAGGAGGCCGACCAGCUCUACCGACAAGCAAUCAGCAUGAGACCAGACUUCAAACAAGCCUACAUCAGCAGAGGGGAGCUGCUUCUGAAGAUGAACAAGCUCACAGAAGCCCGCGACGCCUACCUCCGAGCCUUGGAGCUCGACCGCACCAACGCCGACCUCUGGUACAACCUGGCCAUCGUCAACAUCGAGAUGAAGGACCCGUCGGAAGCCCUGAAGAACUUCAACCACGCCCUGGAGCUGAACCCACGCCACAAGCUGGCACUCUUCAACUCGGCCCUUCUCAUGCAGGAGUCUGGUGAUCCAAAGUUCUGGCCUGAGGCUAACAGUCGCUUCCUGACCUACGUGGAGGAGGAGCCCGAAGACGCAAACGGCUACUUCAACCUCGGCAUGCUGGCCAUGGACGCCAAUGAGAACGCAGCGGCCGAGCGGUGGAUGCGUAAAGCCAUCGGGUUGCAGGCGGGCUUCCGCAGCGCCCUGUUUAACCUGGCGCUGCUUUACUCCCAGUCCAAACGAGAGAUAGACGCACUGCCUGCGCUGGACGAGCUGCUGCGUCAUCACCCGGAGCACAUCAAGGGCCUGAUCCUGAAGGGCGACAUCCUCAUGAACCACAAGAAGGACACGCACGGCGCUAAAGCCUGCUUCGAGCGCAUCUUGCACAUGGACCCCACCAACGUGCAAGGCAAGCACAACUUGUGCGUGGUCUACUUUGAGGAGCGCGACCUGCCGCGUGCCGAGCGCUGCCUGGAGGAAACGCUGGCCCUGGCUCCCAACGAGGAGUACGUACGUCGCCACUUGAGUAUCGUGCGUAGUAAAAUGGCCGCCAUGAGCGCAGCAGGGCAACCGCUUACUGCGGCAGGGGAAGCCGCCGUACCGGCUCAGGAGGAAGCUCCGAAGAGAGUCGAGGAGGGGCAGGAGGUGGCAGCGGAGGUUGAGGAGGAAGGGAGGGGUGCUGAUGCUGUUGCAAAGGGUGCUGGGGAUGAGAAGAAUGUGCGGAAAUCCUCUCCAGAAAGCCUCGGAGCUGUGGGCGUGGACCAAUCAGAGUCCUUGGACAGUAGCCAGUCUGACGAGCGGACUAAGGGAUGAUGUGGUGCUAAACAUGCUUCAUGAAGGAUUCACCUAUCAGACUCUGGUUAUUGGCCGAUACAGAGUUUAACUGUGUGGAAGAGGCUGGGAUCAUUCUCUGAUGUCUAACCCAACAUCAGACUUCAAACAUUUGCUUUUCUAACUUUGUAAAACAAAAUGUAACAAAUCAAUACAUGUACUGAAUUGUUAUUUAUUCAAAUAAUGGUAUUAGAUAUCCUAUCCAGCUAUUUCAGAUCAAUAUCAGUACUGGGGCUUCUCUAGGCACCAUGUGCUCUACUGCUCUUCAUGCCACAGGCACAUCCCGCCAUCCCUCGCAGAAUGUCCAGCCCAGUGCCAAUCCGAUUUGAAAUCCCCAAAUCGAGUUCCAAAUUGAAAUCCAAUGUAGCAAAAGGUUGUUGUUAGUCUCUCCGACCAAUUACAUUUUGGAUUUAAUGUAAUUUACAAAUUCACGGCAUCUAAUGCAGCAAUCUGUCCCUCGACUUGACUUCCUGCACCGAUGCGACGUCUGUGAGGAAAUGUACAGCAAUGAAAGGGUUUUGUUUCCAACAAGGGAUAUACUAUGCUCUAUUUACAACAUUAGAGAAAGCUGGAGACGCAGACGGAGGAAAGUAUUACUAUAUGAUGAGUUUUAAAGAAAGGGUCUGUUCACCAACAUUCCUCAAGCAAGACAAACAUAUUCUAGGUAUCUGCUUCCACUCCAAUACGAUGAACCAGAUACUGUAAAAAGCAUUAUAUCCGGGGCUCUUCAGCGCCAUGAUUGAUUUGCCUGAGGCCAAACAGUCAAGUGACAAAAAUGCUCUGAAACUUCGAUUGAACUGCCGGCUGCUGAACACAGUGUCAGGAGACACGAG